CGCCCCGCCCCAUGCUGGACUAGGUCGGUCGUGCGACCCGGGAGCCCGACGUUUCCUUCUUUCCGAGCCAAGUCCCCGCCCCGCGCUGUCGGGGCAAUGGCCAGCCGGCUCUGUCCCCGCCCCUGCGCCCUUCCUUCCUGACUACAGGGUUCUAGUUGUCCCGGCGGUCCGCAGGUCACCGGGUCGUGGCUGCCCGAGUCCAUUCUUCAGGAGGCAGAGCCUUCACUCUCUUCAGAACCUGAGCAGAGACGAUGUCUGCUGAGGACAGGACCUAUCAGUAUAUCCGCCACAAUCAUAGACAUUUUUUCCAUGUUGAUGUUCUCGAGAUUCUGCCUUACUUGUCCUGCCUCACGCCAAGUGACCAGGAUCGGCUGCGGGCCUACUACACAUCCAGAGGAAACCGGGACACUCUCUGGGACCUCUUCAACUGCCUGAAGCGGCGAAGUGGCUGGGUGGAUUCCCUUAUCGCGGCACUGAGGGCCUGUGAGCUGGCUGGUCUCGCCGAAGAAGUGGCCCGUGUCUACAGGAGUAACCUGCCCCGGACCACAGCCCCACUGGAGCAACAUUCAGUCCCCACUGAGGUUCCAGGGCCUGCUGCGGCCCCCAGCGCCCCCUACAACGGCUACAGAGAGGAUGACCCAAGUUAUCCCAUACCUGUCCAGGACACCCGGCCACCAGAAUUCCAGGGGGAGAGAUCAGAGGAAGCCCUGCAGACACCCAGCUCUGGGGCUGUCCCGAGGAGGCCAGGUGGGCCCCAGGGGCCCUCCUCUGACCUGGCGGCCCUCAACCCUCUGGCCUCCAGCAGGCAUCAGGAGCAGGACACAGACCUGGGCAGUACCCACACUGCAGGUGAGGUCUCCAGCCCCACGUUACCCCGUGGGCCUGUGUCUCCAUCCGUCUCCUUCCAGCCCCUAGCUCGCUCCACCCCCAGGGCAAGCCGCUUGCCUGGGCCCGCACUGUCAGCUCCGUCCACUGGUACCUCCUCCUCUUCCACACCCACUGGCUUGGCUUUUGCAGGAGGUGCUGGUGACCAGGCCACGGUUACCAUCCGCUCCAGUGAGAUAAGGGUGCCCACCAACCCUAUGACCAUCAGCACAGCACCCACCGAAGUGCCCACCAACUCAGCACCCACCAGUACAGCACCCUCCAAGUUGGCCAUGAUGCCUGCAAACACAGUGCCCUCCAAAGUGCCUGCCAACCCAGCCUUUGCCAGCACAGUGCCCUCCAAGUUGCCCACCAGUUUAAAGCCCCCUGGUACGAUGUCUUCUAACAUGCUCCCGUCCAAGUUGCCCACCAACUCAAUGCGUGUUGGUGCAGUGCCAUCCAAAGUGUCUGCUGGCUUGGAGUCUGACCCUAGGAUGCCCACUAGUGUGGUGCCCAACAAGGUGCCCACCAGCACAGUGUCCACCAGCAAGAGCAGCAGCAGACCAGAGGAGACCCCAGCGGCUCCAGCACCUGCAGGCCCUGAAGGCAGCUCUCCCUGGCCAGACAGCAGUUUGGAGACCUUGGGCCCAGGGCCAGAGCUGAGCAAGCCAGGGGAGCUAUUAUCCCGGGUAGACAGCCAGCCAUUCUCGGGCUCCUCCGAGGACCUAGCCAUCAGCCGCAGCUACUCCCAGGACAAGGGGCCCAGCAACAUCCCAGAAGAGGACGAGUAUGUGUCCGAGUUCAUGAACUCCUUUGAGAUCCAUGUGACCGAGCGCCCCAGUGCUGACCUCCUGGAUGGCAGCCCCGAACCUCGUGCCGCCCCACAGCCCCCAAUGCGGGAGGAGCUGUGUGUCGGGGAGGUCUCCUGGCUCGGGGUAGCUGCAGCUGGGGUACUCCUGGCCACGAUCCUGACUGUGCUAUACCGGCGGCGCCUACUGCAUUGAAGCCUCCUGGGCCCUCUCCACCACACAUCUGCUCCCUUUCCAGCAGUACACUGGCCUCUCUCUUGGGAUCAGGGCUGUCCAACCCCCUUGUCCCUUUGGCCCUGCCAGGGCGGGUAGGAGAAUCUGAGGGGAAGGAAAGGCCCUGUGGGUGGGAGGCAAGGUUUGCAUCCCAGCUGGUGCUCUAUGUGGGUCCUGCACCAUCCUUGGCUUUCUGGGCCCUGGGCUGCCCCUUGCACCCUAGACCUGCCCACCCUGCAGUUGGGCCUCGCCCGAGUUCUCUGGAGGAGGUGCCUUGUCCAGGCCUCAUCCCUGUUUGUCCAAGCCCAUGGGGCAGGAGAUCCAUCACCCCCUGUCCUGCCAUUGUCCCCAGGAGGCUGAGGGCAGGUACGUGGGAUGGGGACACACAGGGGGCCUGAGGCUGUGCACUGGAGUGAGUGGGAGGGCCAGAGUGGCAGAUCUGCAACUGGGCUGCUUCAGGUCCCCCGUGGCUCCCAGUCUCCACCAGGUCACCUGGGGAGGUUCAGAGGUUGCCUGGAACCACAGAGGCAGCUACCAGGCCUGAGAGCUACCUCCCUGAGUCUGUCUCCAGUCCUCACCUCCAUAUCCAACCUUCUCACCCUCUUCCUCCUCUGUUCCUCGCUCCUGGCCUCCAUUGUUCUCUUCAGCUCCCUACAAGAGCUGGGAAGGGGGUGCCUGGCAGGGCAGAAGUUUGGAUUUUAAUUCUGCCCCUUCCUGGGCUGUGUGGCCCUGGCAGUUUAUCCAACUUCUCUGGUUUUGCCUCCUGAAGUGCACAGUGAGUAUCAUGGUUGUUCCUUCUCUGGGUGCUUCUGAAAUUGAACCAGACACUGUUUGCUAAGCACCUGGUCUGGAAGGGCUGGCCACCUUUCCCUGGCAGCCAGGCAGAGAUGGUGCACACGGUACAGGGCACACAGUGGGUUUAGGGCAGCCUAGGCUUCAUCCCCCUCGGCCUCCCACUAGCUUUGUGAUCUUGGGCAAGAUAUUAACCUCUCUGUGCCUCAGUUUUCUCACCUGUAAAAUGGGAUGGAUAGUAGUAUGUAUGUGCAUAUAUACAUAUAUGUAUAUAUCGUAGCGUUGUGAGGAUUAAAUGAAUUUGUGUAAA